AUGCGAUUAUUGGGCUCAUUAGAAUCAGCGAAGGAAAAGCAAAGACCACAGAAAGCAGCGAGACUGAUAUGCGCAGCAAUACGGGAAUUGAUCGAUCAUCGCAAAGAGGCUGGUAUCUGGGCCCAGGAACCGCUUAUUUGCUCCUCACUGAUGCUUUUUAUCAAAGCGAAUUCAUCAUUUUUGGUUAUUUUGCUUCGGAAACCGAUCAGUAUUGAAACCGAUCAGUACCCUGAUGACCGAGGAAUUAAAAACCUGAUUAGUGCGAUAUUCUCAUGA